GUGUUAUUUUCGGCAAUGGCAUGCUUCUCCUGUCUUUCUUCUGUCCCUAUCAACCAAAUUGCAGCUCUGCAACUGCUGACUAGACUCCGGACACUGGCCCAUAAUGACUACCGCAAAGACUCCCCAAGCUGAAAAGCUCUGGGAACAUGCUUCUCCCGAAACCACAAAACUUUACGACUUCCUGCAGAAAGUAAAUAAGAAAUACAACAAGUCAUUUCAGACAUACAACGACCUUUACCAAUGGAGCAUUACGGAUAUUUCCGCCUCGUGGGAAGAGAUAUGGCAUUAUGUUGGGAUUCGCACAUCCGCUCCAUACGAAAAAGUCGUCUCAUCAGAAGACACAAUGUAUCCCCGGCCUGCUUGGUUUCCAGGCGCGAAACUCAACUUUGCAGAGAACCUGCUCUUUCCAGUCCCAGAUGUGGAUGAGAAUGCCCCUGCCGUGAUUGCAGCUACCGAGACGACACGCGAGAACGUAAGCUGGAAAGAGCUACGGGAACGAGUGCGGAAAUGCCAAAGUGGGAUGAGAGCUCUUGGGUUGAAAACUGGUGAUCGCGUGGGAGGCUACGUCGCAAAUCACACCAAUGCGCUCGUGGCAAGUUUGGCUGCAACCUCUUUGGGAGCUAUUUGGACCGCUGUUAGCCCCGACACUGGCGUCAGUGCUGUUCUCGACCGAAUGGUACAGAUUGAGCCCGUGUUGCUCUUCACUGACAACGCUGUGAUGUACAAUGCCAAGACACAUCCUGUUCUGCCUAAGGUGAAGGGUAUUAUGGAGGGUUUGCCAACGCUGAAAGGUGUUGUGGUGUUCGAUACUGUACAAACCAUGGGAAGUGAGAUCGAAGGCCUCGACACCGAUCUGAAGGCCAAAGUCCAGACAUACGACAGCUUUGCAUCGCAGGAGUCGGACUUGAAGUCACUCCACUUCGAGCAACUAGAUCCUGAUACACCGGUGUACAUCUUAUAUUCGAGUGGUACCACAGGCGCACCCAAAUGCAUUGUACAUGGCGCGAUCGGCACGUUGCUGCAGCACAAGAAAGAGCACAUCCUACAAUCCGACAUCAGGCCGGGCGAUCGACUAUUCUACUUCACGACAUGCACUUGGAUGAUGUGGCACUGGCUGGUAUCUGGUCUGGCUUCGGGAGCAACACUGGUGUUGUAUGACGGCAGUCCGUUCCAGUACCGCGAUUCAGAGGGAAAGAGCAUCAAAGACGAUUAUGCCAUGCCCAAACUGAUCGAUGAAGUCGGCAUUACUCAGUUCGGAACCAGCGCGAAGUACCUCUCCGUCCUCGAGCAGCGGAAUGUCAUGCCUCGUGAGGCGAGCGUAACUCUGAAGGCGCUCAAAGCAAUAUACUCGACGGGGUCCCCACUGGCACCAAGCACAUUCCAAUACGUAUAUCGUGCCUUCGGAGCAAUCAACCUCGGAUCGAUCACGGGAGGAACGGACAUCAUCUCCUUGUUCGGUGCACCUUGUCCACUCCAUCCUGUAUACACAGGGGAGAUACAAGUCUUGGGUCUAGGAAUGGCCAUUCAAGCCUGGGAUUAUAGCGGCAAGGAUGUAUCCCAGACGGGUGAGCCUGGAGAUCUGGUCUGCACGAGAGCCUUCCCAUGCCAGCCAGUCAUGUUCUGGAAAGGCGAUGAAGGACAAGCCAAGUACAAAGCGAGCUACUUUGAGGAGUUCGAAGGGGUGUGGCACCAUGGCGACUUCAUUCGAUUCAAUCCAGAGACAGGUGGUUUAAUCAUGCUUGGACGAUCAGACGGAGUUCUCAAACCCAGCGGAGUGCGGUUCGGCUCAGCAGAGCUUUACAAUGUCCUCCUGAAGCACUUCCCUGACAAAGUGGAAGAUGCGCUGGCGAUUGGAAGGAGACGAGAGACGGACGAUGAUGAGACGGUUGUGCUUUUCCUGAAGUUGAAAGAGAUUGGAACGCUCGACGCGGAUCUCGUGGAAAGCAUCAGGACGACUAUCCGCAAAGAGCUUUCGGCGAGACAUGUGCCGGGCGUAGUCGAUGAGUGUCCUGAUAUCCCCGUAACCACGAACGGCAAGAAGAUCGAGAAGUCUGUUAAGCAGAUCCUUUGUGGUUUGAACAUUAAAACGAGUACCAGUGUGGCGAAUCCAGAGAGUUUGGAAUUCUACAAGCAAUGGGCAGAAACGCACUAGCUAAGUUAAAGCUAGAGAGAUGAACAGAAUCUCAGAAAGAAAAUUGAAGGGCUUGCAUACAACUAAAGUACUUUCAGGUGCUGCUCGUAAUCUAUUCUCAGUUCGUCAGCCUCCACACAUGAUGCUCUUUUCGAAAUUGCUUCUCGAAAAGUAAGUCAGAUGAAGGAUUCGUAGGACACAAAGUCUACCGCUCGUAGCUAUAGUCUCUUCAAGGUAGCCCUGGAGCAUAGACAGA